ACAAAACCCAAGAUUUAUUUCAGCAGUCUGAGAGUUCUGACCAGAGAAGAGGAGCAAAGCUUUGAGGAGAGGAUUACAGACACAUUGAGAGAGAGAGAGAGAGAGAGAAAUAUAUAUAUAUAUAUAUAAGGUGUAUGUGUGUGUGGAUAUGAGGAAGCUGAGUGUUGGCAGGGCCCUGGAUCGAUUCUGUCUGGUCCCUGCUGCUGCUGCUUACACAUCUUCUUGUCUCUGCAACAAUGGCUUCUUAUCUGGUCAUGGAGAAGAAGAAGAAGCAAACCCACUCAUUCCAUCCCCAGUCAAGCACAGAACCCCCUCAUCAAUGAAGCUCAAGGAUGCCAUCGCUGGCCCCCCCACUCUUGCCUUCCAGCUCAAGCCCAAGAAAGUGGUGCUGAGAGUGUCGAUGCACUGUGGUGGCUGCGCCAGGAAAGUCGAGAAGCACAUCUCAAAACUAGAAGGCGUGACUUCGUACGAAGUGGACUUGGAGACGAAGAUGGUGGUAGUAACAGGAGACAUUGUUCCCUUCGAAGUCUUGGAAAGUGUCUCCAAAGUCAAAAAUGCUGAGCUUUGGAAUACUGAAUGCUUGUGAAUUGUGAUUGAUCACAUUUACAAAUUACAAUACUCUCUCUCUCUCUCCCUCUCUCUCUCUCUCUAUAUAUAUAUAUAUAUACACAUACAUACAUAUAGAAUCGCCUAAUUAAGUUAUUCCACACAUGCACAUGCAUUCUGACCUUAAUUUGGGGAUCAAAGGCAAGCUAAAAAUAUGAAGAUGGAUUUCUUUAAUUAUCUGUGAAAAUGGUGGGUCAGUCAAAAAGAAAAAAGUAUCAUACACUCUCUGUUGCAUGGUGCACCUUGUGAUCAUCUCCAUCUCUUCAUUAUUGGUUCAGAGGGGAAGAAGAAUAAGAUUAAAUAAAAAUAUUUCUUGUUUGUUUGUGUUUGUUGCUUCUUUCUUUUUCUUUAUUCUUGAAUGGAAAUGUUCUGAUCUGAUCUUUUUCUUUGUAAGUUGCAAAAUUUUGCUUGGUUGGGUAAUCAUUAUUAUGACAGAAUUUGUUUCACAAAUAUGGCAAGAAUGGAAAUUGCAGGAAAACCUGCCAUACAGGGGUGACAUUAUAUAUAUAUAUAUGUGUGUGUUUAUAUAUUGUGAAUAGGUUAAAUUUAUCAUGAUUGUGCCAUCCCUGUCGUCCAAUUAGAUGAUAUUCUAUUACAGUGAAAUGCCAUCUGAUCUGGGCUCCCAUUGUGCGCAUGUUCUUGGAAAGUCACAUGAGUGUCCCUGUCCUAAUUCGGAAAUCUGU